AUGUCUGAUAACGACAGUAAUGAAGAUGAUGAUAUUAAUGAUAAUUAUACGAUACGAGAUCAAAUACCAAAGUAUUUAUCAAUGAAUAAUAAAGCAUUUGUUCAUAUGAUGAAAAACAUAAUGAAAAAUGUUCAAUCUAUUAGUAUGAAUGAUAUACAAAAAUUGGCUUUAUUAAUGCAUCAAGUUGCUGCUCUUCGUUUAAAAAGAGAGAUCACAACUAUCUAUUUACAAUCAGUAACGGGUACGUUGAUGCAACCAGAAUAUGAUUUAAUAGAAGUCUAUCGACGAGUUGGGGCGAUGCAAGUUCAAUCACUCAUGGCAACAAAAAAAAGUUAA